CUCUGUUUUGAACUGUUUCCCCUGGCAGCCGCCACUUCCGGGAGCGAGUACCGUUUCCUCCUGCCCCGCGGACGCCGGAGCCCGGAUUCCGGCCUUUAAGCGGCGGUUGCUAGAUCGCCGCCGUUAGUCUCUGCGGGUAACUCGGCCGGUGGGCCGUGCACCCCGGCUCUUCCGCGGGGCCACCAUGGUUCUGCUGCACGUGAAGCGCGGCGACGAGAGCCAGUUCCUGCUGCAGGCGCCCGGGAGCAGUGAGCUGGAAGAGCUCACUGUGCAGGUGACGCGAAUCUACAACGGACGGCUCAAGGUGCAGCGCCUCUGCUCAGAGAUGGAAGAAUUAGCAGAACAUGGCGUGUUUCUCCCUCCUAAUAUGCAAGGACUGACUGAUGACCAGAUUGAAGAGUUGAAACUAAAGGAUGAAUGGGGAGAGAAGUGUGUGCCCAGUGGGGGGUCAGUGUUUAAAAAAGAUGAUGUCGGACGACGGAAUGGACAAGGCCCACCUGAGAGCCGCCUCCUAGGCAGCAUUCCCCAGCCCCCUGUCCCGCCUGUGCAGGUGGACGCGGGUGCUCCCCCGGAGCAUCUCGGCACUCACUGCCCUCUCUCAGUGCUGCCCCGGUUCUGCUUCAUCCCUGAGGCCCGCCCCAAGCUAGGUUAUGUGGCUUUGGUAGCAAGAACUGUUUGUUCCUUGUUGCUGCUCAAGCAGUGUCUGGCGAGGGCCCCGUCCGAGAAGCUGAAACAGGUGGGAGCGAAUGUGUGUGUUACCAUGGAGAUGGUGAAGGACGCCCUGGACCAGCUGCGUGGGGCUGUGAUGAUCGUCUACCCCAUGGGCUUGCCGCCCCAUGAUCCCAUCCGGAUGGAACUGGAGAACAAAGAAGACUUGGCCGGAACUCAGAUCAGCACACGGGCCACGACAACCUGCGAAAUAGAAGUGGUCCCACUCGCCCAGCUGCUUCGCAAGGGCUGA